AUGGAGGACGCAUCUUCAACAUCCUCCCACUCAAAACCCACAACAAAGAAGCAAAUCCCACCAUACCUGAGGGCGCCACCAGUAGUUUCUUCUUCGUCAAGCCCAGCAACAAAGGAGCAGAUCCUCGCUAAACUAAAGAACAUCACAAGCCACGGGGAAAUGGCCAGACACAACUACGACCUUGCGUAUAAGAUGCUCAUCGAGCUCAAAGACGGUUAUGUAGGGGGCGAGAACGAGGAAAUCAUAAACAAAGCCGUAGAGAGGGUCGAACUUUUCGGCGAAAGGUUGAGAGAUUAUGAAGUUGAAUUCGUUUUGCUGCAAAUGCAGCUGGACGAGAUGAUGGAGAUAAGUUCUUGA